AUGGCAACAGCAAACACGGCUCCUGCCUCAGAUGCUGAGCACUCUCAGACCGACGAACUAGACUCCACACCCUCGACCCCCACGCUUGCGCCCACACAAGAGGAGCACAUGGCGCACAAUAGAUCGGAUGCUGGGCAUAUGCAUGUCUCUGACCGUCCCGAAUCGGACCUCCCGCUUUUACCAACUGAGGAAGACACUCUCGCACCUCAUGCUGCCGACGAAGAAGCACACAAUGUGGAAAGCGUAUUUGACGACGGCGAGAUGCACCGCCAAUUAAUGGACAUUGAAUCGAGCUUCAUCCCUGAACCGGCCCCACAGCCAGAAGCAGUACAAGGGCCGCCCGGCGUGGACGAUACCUAUCUCUUUGGCGGCUCGCCGGGCAAUUCGCAGCGGUCAAGUCAGAAUGGCAACAAUGACUCGGCCCUGCAGAGGGUCAUGGAUACUUUGGAGGAGAUGACAAAGCCUAAAAAGAAGCCUAAGAAGCUAGAGGUGCGCCAUGGUCACACACCGUCCAAAUCUCAAUCCAGCAACGCGCAUAGCAACUCGCCUUCCUUCUCUGAAGCCCCUACACCAGCCGCCGCCUACAAGACGCCCGCCGCCCACCGAAUGGACUAUGAACCCGACGACUCGCUGGACGCGGGCACUUCAACAUCAGAUGCCGCGCCCUCAUCGCCUUCCGCAGAAGCCGCCCAACGAAGCCGAUCGCGCACUACAGGGGACCAGAAUACUGACGAAGAAGAGGAAGAUGAGGAUGAGGAGGACGAAUCAGAUGAGGAAGAUGCGCAUGAAGAAGGUCAGGCUGCUCAGGGCGCCCAGCAGGACGAUGGGGAUGUGCGACGACCGACUUCCAGCGCUUCGACCGUGAAAGCCCCUGAUUUCUCACUAGUCGAAGAAGGGUCCUCGCUCACAAACGAAAACGUCACAAGCGCAGAUAGUAUAGCCAUGCCCCCGCCAUCAGCCCCUGCGAACAACCAGAAGAACAAACGGCCGAGCUUCCUACAGCACCGCGGUUCCAGCCAACGCUCGUCUGUCUCUUCCUUCACAAAUCGCUCCGACGCAUCUGGAGACAACGCGAGUACAGAGAGCCUGGGUGCCGACUACUCGUUGCAGACUGGUGGCGCCAUCCCGCGCUCGAGCGGUCCAGCGCGUAUGAGUCUUGGGCUUUCAAGACUACCGAGUUUGGGUAGCAUCGCAUCCUCCAUGUCAGGCUACAGUGAUUCUAACCCGUGGGAUAAAGGCAGGAGCAUUAGUGCAAACUCUUUAAACGCCCUUCUCCACCAAGACAAUAGUCUAGGCCGUUUAGACGAAGAAGUUCCAAACAGUGCAACGCCACCCGAGACACCACGCGCUCCCAGUGUUCAGCCUGCUGCUCCUACCGACACAGUCAUUACCAGACAUGUUCAAGACAUACAAGUGCCAGAUUCCAUUGCACGGGAUUUCCGAGCUAAGCACUCGCGAUCGCCAGACAAACGGCACAAUGCAAACCCCUUCACUCGGAGCAAACAUAACCUGACACUAAAGGAACAGAACAGCAAAAUCGAUAAACUCAGCAAGGAGAAUUUCGACCUCAAGCUCAAGAUUCAUUUCCUUGACCAAGCGCUUCAGAAUCGAUCGGAUGAAGGCGUCAAGGAGAUGAUAUCGAAAAACGUUCAAUUGCAGACCGAUCUGGCGACAGAGAAGAAGGAGAGCCAGUCGAUGCGGAAGAAGAUUAGAGAUCUAGAGCGAAGGCUCAAGGCCCAGGAAGAGGGACAGGCCAAGCCGCCCAAGGAACCUGGCAGUGGUUCAGAGGACGAGGGCGACGAACAGUCCUCAAGACAAGCUGAGCUAGAGGAAGAAAUUGAGUUUCUUCGUGAGCGCUUGGAGACUACAGAGAUUACUGUAGACCAAUGGCAACAGGAGGCUCUACAGAAGGAGGCUGACAAUCGACGGAUGGCCGACUACAUCAAGACAAUGCGGGAGAAGAGUCCUGGUGGAGGAGAAUCUGGUUACGAUGAGGCUGUGACUAUGUGGAAAGAGGAUUUCGAGGAUGAGCGGGCCCGUCGUGAGCAAGUUGAAACCCGCUGCCAACAAGCAGAGUCAGAGGCGGAGAAACUCCGUGAAGAGGUCCAGCGUUUGAGGGACCAAAACCAACAAAUGCAACAACAAAAUUCCACAACGAACAAAGUGCUCAACAGUACACGGCGCAUGCAGCAGUCGUUCACUUCGCAUUCCAACGCCGAUUCUGAUGGUAAUGACCUAGCUGGGACAGCGUCGAUGGGCGGCACAAGCGGCACUCUUGUGGAACACCUGCAGAGCGACAAUGACAAGUUGCAGCGAGACCUCCACGCGCAGGCCUCCAUGCUCACGUCCAGAAACCGAGAAAACCUACGACUGAGGGAGGAGAACGAGGGCCUAAAGCUUGCCAUCCGUAGAGGUGACAAUUCAUCGACCGCCGGUGACAGCAUCUUGGAACGCUCAAUCUCCCGCAACCAUAUGAGGUCCGUCUCAAGAGCAAGCGGUGGUACACGUUUGACACAAGCGAGCGAUCCUGACGACUACGAAACUAAGAAUGCUGCUCUAAGAGAUGAGUUGUCACAGCUGAAGCUCUCAUACAAGGAGCUUGACGACCAAUUGAAUGGCCAUCUCGAUAUGCUUGAGACUACGGAGAACAAGGUCAAGGAGCUGGAAAGGGAGAUUGAAGCCCAGACCGAAGAUCUCCAGGCGCUCGCAAAUGAGCGCGACGAGGCAUUAGAGCUGCUACAAGACAAAGAACAGGAAUGCGAGGAGCUCAGACAGGAAGCGCUGGACACAGUGCAAAGGCUGGAGGUCGAUCUCGACCAAAAACAGACGGAACGUGAUCGUCUCUACAACGACCUUGAGAACACCACUGAAGACUUCCACGCUCUGCAACAGGAGAUGAAGAAUGUCAGCGAAAGCCUACUACAACUUGAGGACGAUCGCGAUGCAAGCCUACGCAAGAUUCAGAACCUUGAGGCUGAGCUUUCUGACGCCAACGAAGAGUUGAAUAGACAAGACAAGCUCCUCAGUGAAGAGAGAUCCAAGAAUGAGCGACUGGACGUCCAGCUUGAGUCUUGCCAGGGUGAGAUUGACUUCCUCCGUGAAGAACAGGAAGGCGAUAAGAUCAAGAUUGGUGAGCUCGAGAGUGCCCUGAACCACACUCAAGCCACGUUGCAAGAAGCCAGAGAACGUGCUCGCGAUCUUGAGGAGCGCAUGACAGAAGAGAGGCAACAACGCGAUGCGCUGGAAACCCAAGAGAAGCAAGAGGUGGAGAAGAUCAUCACGGAGCUUAACGCUCAACUGUCUAAGCUCAAAGAGGAAAGCAGAAAGCUACGGAAGAACCUCUCGAGCAAGGAGGUUGAGGCAUCCACCUGGAAGCAACGACACGAUGAGUUUGAACUUGCUCUUCGUGAAACCCUGGGUAACCCCAACGGUACCAGGGCGAGUCUGUUCAAGGACAUUGCGAAACUUCAGCGAGACCUCCAAGGGGCAAUGCAAGAUCUCGACACUGUUAGAGCUGAUCUUACUGAGAAAGAUAGGCUUUUGCGCAACCGUGACACACUCUUGGAGAACACAGGAAUGGAAAGUCGUCGUCUAUCUGAGAUGCUUGAACGGGAACGUCAAGCCCGCCGACAAGAUUUAUCAGCUUGGGAGAACGCCAAGCGUGGCCAUCAAUCGACUGUCAGAGCAAUCCAGCAGGCCGAAUCAAGGGUUCUGGAACUUGAGACGUUGCGCAGUCAAGAUCGUCAAAGGAUUCACCAUCUGGAGAAAAAUUACAAGGAGCAGCUCCUUGAGCGUAACAACCUGUUGUAUGCUCUCUGGAACCGAUUGUCUACCCUUUGCGGAACCGAAUGGUCCCGCAACAACGCCCUUAUCAACGGAGAACUCACUUCUAUGGAGCUUAUUUCCAAGAACGUGAAUGGGUUCAACAAGAACAUCAUUUUUGCUGUCAGGACCGUGGAGGGUAUCAUUGGUAGCUUCAAGCAGAGGAUCCGGCAGAUCGAGAAGGAUCUGGUACGCGACUACCAGACUCUGGAGCACAGCCUUGAUGUUCGCGUUAAGCGACUUGACCAGCUAGAGAAGCUUGUUCUAGCCCAAAGACAGUCGAUUGGAAGACCCAGCACCGUCCGCGGUGGGUUUGUCGAGAUGAACAACGCGGAGCUCACCAAGCUCCGGUCAGAGAACAAGACGCUGCGGUCCGAAGUCCAGACUCUUCGCGCAAUUACCACAACGACGCAGGCUGGAAACGAUGUCAUUGUCAGCCGGUCGUCGUCCCGUGCUGGCUCGCCCAACUCGUCAAAACGCGCCAGCAUGGCGCAAACACUACUGCGUGCGCACUCGGCUUCUGUAGUCGAGCACCUCUCCACUUCAACACCAGGCCAUCCCUACCCCGCCGCCGGCCCUCUUCAGACCAGCGAACAAAAGUGGAUACACCGUCUCAAGGAGCUCGAACGGCGGUUGAAGGCAGAGCGGGAAGCCCGCCUUCUUGAUCGCAGUGGCGCGCGCAAGAGACUAGAGCAAAAGGUGGAAGAGAACGCUGAAUUGAGAUCGGCGCUCGAGAAGGAGCGUGAUCUCAGGACCGAAGACGAGAUAGCUGGUAGUCAUGGGAGCGGGUCUGGGAGCGGUAGUCGCACCGGGAGUGGGCGCGCAAGUGCCAUUCCGAGCCUGAAGCGACCUAAUGGCAAGGAGAGAGAAGAGGAGAUGUAUUAG